CUACGACUAAUUAUUUAGAAUAAGUUUUGACAUUGAACAAAUGUUUUGGCUGGAUUUUGACACAUCAACACAUCUGAAAAAUGACAGAUUACAGGAACAACCGGAAUGGAUUGUCUAGAUCAGAAGAAAUGCUUGAUUCGGAAAACCAAAGAAGAGUUGAUGGAUUAUCAGACAAAGUAUCAAGACUGAAGUCUCUUGCAUUUGAUAUAGAAACAGAAUCAAAAGACUCUAACAGAUACUUAGAUGAUAUGGGAAAUGACUUUGAGAGCACACAUGGAUUAUUAGGAGGAACAGUUCAUAGACUAUCUCACAUGGUGUCCGCCAACAAGGGAAACAGGAAGUUGAUGUGUUAUAUGAUUCUAGGACUUGUACUGUUGUUUUUCUUAGCUUAUUAUCUCAUUACAAAAGUGACUAGUUGAUAUGGGUUUGUUUAUAUUGUUUUAUAAUGAGUUUAAAUUUACCAGAGAGUUGAUUAUCUCAUAACAGCCUCUAUACAUGUAGUUGUAUUUUUCCCAACUUGUUCGCAAGGUACACUUGAGCAAGUUUCUAUUGUCUGUAGAUAUUUGACAGAAAUCAUAAUUCAAGCUCAAUUUUUAUCAAGUGAUGCCUCAGUUGAUUUAUUUUGACAAUAGAUUCGAAAAUCAUUCCGGGUUUCUUUCAUGUUGAGCAUCUGCAAUAUUUUGACAAUAGAAAAUCAUUCAAUUCUACUUGAGAUUUAUUAUCUACACUACAGCUCACAUUGAUUUUGUAGAUGGUGGGAAUGGGUACAGAGUGGAAAAAGCUUCUAGAUUAUCCUUCUUGUCCAGCCUGUGUAAAGGAUACACUCUUUACUUUUAUACAUCAUAAAAGUUGACACAUAAAACGUCUUUAAAAAAAUUAUUGAAGAUUUUGUAUAUAAAUUGGCUCCAGAAUUUAGGGUUAAAUAUUUGUCCUCAGGAAGGGGCUGGAUCAGGGGAAAUUGUCAAAAUUCACAUGAGCUGUAGUGUAGUAAUUGUGAUUUAAUUUGAUAAAGUACAUUCAAUGGUAUUUUUAAAUGCUGUGUAAUUGAUAAAUAUUUAUUGUGCAUUAUUGUUGUAUAAAUGGGGUAAUCUUUUUAAGAUUCAUCUCCUUCAGUUUGGGACACUGUUGGUUACAAUCUAAUUAAGAUACAGAUCAUUUGUAUGCACUUCCCUUACAAGGCUCUGUCAUCACAAUCUGUUCUGUAAAUUUG